AUGCCGGCCUCACAGUCUCCAUGUAUAGAUGCAUUUAUUCGCGAGCUAAUGAAACCCGUUCUUUGUUUCUUGUGCUCAACAGAUUUGACGAUCUUCAACCGCGUCCAUAUUCAUCCUACUUUUACCGCAAGCUGUCCCUUUGCCUUAGUCUCGUUGUAUCAAUGGGACUUUGUUACUUACAGGGCCCCAUAUUCUAUCCAACUGAAAUACAAAAAGUAUUUCAGAUAUGUUCAAUUCGGCGGAGACAAGCGAAAAUUACUUGGAGAGAAGAACAAACAUGGGGUUUUAGAGGCAGUCAUAUUUCUUUCAGCUAUAGACCUCAUGAAGCUAUCGGCAGAUGGAAAGUACAAAUAUAGCGAUCAUCUAUCUGUAUCCGUUACGAAAGAAGAUAAAACAUUAAUAUAA